AUGGUAACCUAUGAAUGUGUGAAUGUCGAGAACACGUCGCGUCCGCUGUGGGCGCACGAGGUGCUGCAGGAGCUGCGCGACAUUUCAUCCAUGGCGAUCGAACACUUCGACGAGAACAUCGCCGGGGGUCUGAAAAGACUGCUGACCCAGCAGAAUCCACAUCAUCCGGUCCCGGUCUCGGUGAAUCCGUUCCCGAACAUCUGCUAUUAUCAGAACGAGUUGCCCGAAGUAUUGCCGGUGGAGAAGUUCAUGGUACCUUACGCAACCGUUACCCAGACGCCUGCCCCACCGCCACCAUCGCCCCCUGCAAUGGCCGGUCCCUCGACAUCUGGUACAAUGAUAUCUCUCUACUGCCAAAGCGGAUGCAACUCGAGUCGCGAAAACUGUGCAUCGAUCGUGCGUAUCAAUCUGAAGGCUCGCAAAAUGCGGUACGACAUCAACCGCAUCGAUCACACGAUGGCCAGCUUCAAGGCCGACUUGCGCAACAUACGGGUGCACAUGCUACGGCAGAACGCCGAAAUGAAGGACCUACGCCGCGGGUUAGUCGAAUCGGAGACCAAAAACCGUGAGCUGAUGGCCAAGAUCAAUCAGUUCAGCAACGACAACCCGCAGGCCGUCGCACUCAAGACGGAGCUGGCGAAGGACUCGAUCAAGCGCAGCAUAAAAUUCAUCAAACGGGCCAUCUCAGAAACGGAACCGGGUUUGUCCGGCUUCACGGCUGGGCUGCCUCACCCGGAUGGGGACUCGCUGUCUUCCGCCUUCGAUUCUGUGCCAUUUUCCCUUGGAACCUUCCCACUGCUGUCUUCGGACGAGGAAGAAUUUCUAACACCCACGACGACGCUAGAGGACGGCCCUAGUGCGGUCAAAAAGGUUCGAUUUAGCGAGUAAGCGUGGGUCUCCUUGCGCCUCCACUGAAGUAUUUUACUUGUAAGCGCGAGCCCCGGCCCACGAUGUGGCAAUAUGUUGUAUACCAACUGUAGAGCGUAGCGUAGCCUUUUGAUCGAACCGAAGGACAUUCGUCUCCCGUGCCGCCAUGCCGUUGCCCCGGGGCCAACGCGCUCGUCAGGCAGGCAGGCAG